AUGGCCAGACCGAAUGCAGCUGAGGAAGCAACCCACGCUUUGACUCGGGAUGGUCGUGUCCUCUUGGUUUGCAACGAGGAGGAUGAACAGGUCAUUGGGGGAAAAUUGGAGGAGGUGAUGGAAGCGCAGAAUUGGAAGGAGAUGGAGGAGUCUGGAGAUCUUCCUCCAGACCCGGAGAAGGAUGAAAUGGCUCAAGUCCUGCAGCAGGGAAAACUGAGAUUGGUCCGCGUGCAGCGGGAUGAAUGCGGCUUGACCAUUGGUGUUUGCGCCGGCACCUACAAACCCAAGGCGGUCAAGAAGGCCUCAGCGGCCAAGAAGGCCAAAGAGGCCAAAACUGCUGGGCCUCGCCGUGGAAGAUCCCGCGACCGUGGCGCGGCGAGUGGCGUCCGCCGUUAA